GCAACGGGUUGUUUUGGCUACUUGGCGAAUAACAAACGAAUUUUCAGACGGUCCCUAACAAUGUUGUCAAACUUGUCCAUACAAAGUGCCACGAGAGCGACAUGAACAAAGAAAAUCGAUAAGUUUUUGAACAUCCUCAACAAAACAAACACAAAAUAGACAUUCAGCAAUGUGUCUGUCAGGGGAUGACGUGCAGAAAAACGCGGAAACAGUGCACAUUUUUCGGUUUUAGCGUCUGGCGUAGGCAAGGAUGGUUAGGCUACUGCGAAGUGUCAAUAAGAGCAUUCUAGGUUUUUGUUAAUAAAUCACAAAACGCAAUAAAAUGGAGGAUGAAGAUUGUUAUGAGGAUUGGAUGUCCAAGAUGCCCUCUCAUAUGUGGGAUAUCCCUCUAUGGAAUCUCGCUAUACCGGUCAUGACAGCAUGACUUACUGUUUAGAUAAGCAAUCCUCAGUAUCGAACUCCACGCCGAGGGUGGUGCAAGUGUUGGACAAGUAUUUUCCUUGUAUUGUUCGGCCCUGUAUAAUGAAAUGGGCAACAACACAGGAGGGCGCCAUCUCUAACCAACUGGAUUUGGGCAUUCGGUUCCUGGAUCUAAGAAUAGCACACAAAAUAAAAGACCCUGAUGAAGUUUUCUACUUUGCACACGGAGUCUACUCUCUUCUGACCGUUAAAGAAGCACUGACAGAAGUUGCACGUUGGUUAGAUCAACACAUUAAGGAAGUGGUCAUCAUUGCACUUUCUAAUUUUGAAGGCAUGAACCUGGACCAGCACAAAGACCUCAUUCAGUUUCUCAUUGCCACAUUUAACAAAAAAAUCUGUCCCAAAUCUGUCACCCCUUCACUACAGGAGUGCUGGAAUCACAGUUAUCAGGUUAUUCUGUCAUAUGAUGAUGAAUCUUCAACUGGAUAUGUAGAACUGUGGCCUCAGUGUCCAUACUGGUGGGCGAACAAGUCAGAUCCAAACCUAGUUAUAUCCUACCUGGAGGACCAGAAAAAUGAAGGAAGACCAGGUCAGUUUUUUGCUGCUGGCCUGAACCUAACUGAGGAUGCUCGGUAUGUACUUUGUCAUCCCUGCCAAUCAUUGCAAAGCAUGACCCGACGUUCCUACAGUCUGCUUAUGAAGUGGGUGGAACAACAGCGGCCAGGCUCAGGCCAAGCAUGCCUUAACAUCAUCUGUGCAGAUUUUGUUGGGAUUUUCGGCAGUGAAUUCACCCAGCUGGUUAUCGGACUCAAUCAAAUAGAGGCUUGACCCAUAAAUACACAGCAAAUGACGUUGUAGUGUGGUGAAGAGUUGCAAAAAAGCCUAUAAAUAUAAAAUGUUCUUCUGAAAUAAGCAUUUUUUCACCUUGUGUAGGUCCAGUAACUUAAAUUUAUGACAAAGAACAGCAUAUUGUCAUUACUUUUAAAUAAAUUAUUUAAAUAACUGAACAUUAACAUUGGAGGCUAAGAAACAUGCUAAUUUUAGAAGAAAAUGGCAGAUAACAUUUAGGUUUUACUCUUCAAAUGUGUUACAUAAAAAUGUAGCGUCUUUAUUACAAUAUAAUUACACAUUUUUUGAUAUUUAGAAUGUUUACUUCUCAGUGUUUACAUAUCAAUCACCUAUAUUUAUUUUACGACAGUCCCUAAACUAUCAUGGCGGGGAAAAUUGUACAAUGCUGCCAUCUAUUGGUAAUCGAUAUUUAGGUUUCAUUUUUGUUUCAGACUUUAACAGUUAAAUAGCUCAAAAAUAAUGUUACUUUAAACCUCACUGUUACUGGAAAUGUCGAAUAUCUAGUUUUCUACUUUUCUUUACUAAAAUAGAAAUGGCGGAUUCACAUAAUCAAAGACUAAGUGGCUGAGUAAUGAGUAGAUAGCAUUACCUGUACAAUGAGUCACGCUAAAUUUUAGUAGCAUCUAAUGUCCUGUCAUGACUUUGUAUGUUGUUGACACUGUUGGGCUUUUUCGGUCCAUGUCAACACAUGUAUCUGCGGGGGUCUAAUUUUAGACGGCCCCUGUGGGUGCACUCUAUAAGGUGCUUAACAUUUAUAGUAUCUACUUAAAUGAUAAUCCCGUUCACUGAUGCCUUUCACACUCCUGUUUGUAUGUGUUUAUGUACAGUAGGGUGUAUAUGAUGUAAAUAAACAGCUAUUUUUUUGUAA